AAUUCUGCAAAGACAGAGUUAAACACUGUUUGGACUCUGGCUGCCUAAGAGGAACUGAAAAUUUUCAAAGCUCAGUCAUCAGCCCUCAAGGGCUGCUACAGUAACUUUCUGAACAGAUUGGGUUAAAUAUUUUUACAGACCCAUUCUAUGAUGAUAAGGCGGUAAUAAUUUGUGCAGUGCAACACUCCAAAAGGUUCCAAAUUUCUCAAGCCUUUUUGUAUGUGAUCCUCACAGUGGAGAAGGGGCUGAGCUACAAGGAUGAAGAGUCUCCUUCUCCUGGUGCUGGUUUCAGUCUGUUGGGCUGAUCACCUUUCAGACAGCUACACUCCGGAUCAAGACAGAGUUAUUCACAUCCAAGCGGAAAAUGGCCCCCGUCUCCUCGUGGAAGCAGAACAAGCCAAAGUCUUCUCACAUAGAGGUGGCAAUGUGACACUGCCAUGCAAGUUUUAUCGAGACCCUACAGCAUUUGGCUCAGGAAUCCACAAAAUCCGCAUCAAGUGGACCAAGCUAACUUCGGAUUACCUCAGGGAGGUGGAUGUCUUCGUGUCCAUGGGAUACCACAAGAAGACCUAUGGCGGAUAUCAGGGUCGAGUGUUUCUGAGGGGAGGCAAUGACAAUGACGCCUCCCUGGUAAUCACAGAUCUCACCCUGGAGGAUUAUGGAAGAUACAAGUGUGAGGUGAUUGAGGGACUAGAAGACGAUACUGCUGUGGUAGCGUUAGAGUUGCAAGGUGUGGUGUUCCCUUACUUUCCACGGCUGGGACGCUACAAUCUUAACUUUCAUGAGGCACAGCAGGCUUGUCUGGACCAGGAUGCUGUGAUUGCGUCUUUCGAUCAGCUGUAUGAUGCCUGGCGGGGUGGACUGGACUGGUGCAAUGCUGGCUGGCUCAGUGACGGAUCUGUGCAGUACCCUAUCACCAAACCACGCGAGCCCUGUGGGGGCCAAAACACAGUGCCUGGUGUCAGGAACUACGGGUUUUGGGACAAAGAUAAAAGCAGAUACGAUGUUUUCUGUUUUACAUCCAACUUCAAUGGCCGAUUUUAUUACCUGAUCCACCCCACAAAGCUCACCUAUGACGAGGCAGUGCAAGCUUGUCUCAAUGACGGUGCUCAGAUUGCAAAAGUUGGCCAGAUAUUUGCUGCCUGGAAGCUUCUGGGCUAUGACCGUUGUGAUGCCGGCUGGCUGGCGGAUGGCAGUGUCCGCUACCCUAUUUCUCGGCCAAGAAGGCGCUGCAGCCCUACCGAGGCUGCUGUGCGCUUUGUGGGCUUCCCGGAUAAAAAGCAUAAGCUGUAUGGUGUGUAUUGCUUCAGAGCAUACAACUGAAUGUGCCCUAGAAAGAAUCAGUUCUCCAGUUACAGGGGACAUGAGAAAGGUUUUUUUUU